AUGUUUACCGGAUUAAUCGAAACAAUAGGUACCAUCGAGAAUUACGAUGACUCAAAAGAUGGAGUAGUCAUAACAAUUACUGAUUGCUCACCUAUACUAGAAGAUGUUCAUUUAGGCGACUCUAUUUCAACAAAUGGUGUUUGUUUAACAGUUAUAGAAUUUGAUGAACAAAGAACAAAAUUUAAAGUUGGAGUUGCACCAGAAACUUUACGUAAAACUAAUUUGGGAAAUUUAACAACCACAUCAAAUGUCAACUUAGAAAGAGCAGUCACUAGUGAUGUUAGAUUAGGUGGUCAUGUUGUUCAAGGACAUGUUGAUACAAUUGCAACAAUAGUUGAUAAAAAACCAGAUGGAGAAGCUAUAUCCUAUACUUUUGAAUUAAGAGAUAAAGAAUUUAUAAAUUAUAUAGUUCACAAAGGGUUCAUUGCAAUCGAUGGAACUUCAUUAACUAUAACAUCAGUAGACGAUUCAAAAGCUCAAUUUUCAAUAAUGUUAAUAAGUUAUAGUCAAUCAAAAGUUAUAUUAGCACAAAAGAAAAUUGGUGAUACAGUUAAUAUAGAAGUUGAUUUGACAGGUAAAUUAAUUGAAAAACAAAUUGAAUCAAAUUUAAGACAACAAAUGAAUAACGAAGAAAGUCAAUUAAAUAAAUUGAUUAGUUCUAUUGUUGAAAGAAAGGUAAAAGAAUUAAUGAAAUAG